ACGACAUCGAGGCCACCCGAGCUCCCCCCCUCAACCCCGAAAACGCUCCCAAGCCUUGUCGAAGGCCCUUGAAUUCCCCGAAUACAUAAUCAACCAUGUCCAAACCAAGCAAAUAUCUCCUCCUUUCUCUCCCAUCCUCCAUCGUCCCCUCGCACCACCGCGACGACGCCCUCGAAGCAGUCUCGACCACCGUCUCCCCGGACAAUGGCUCCACCACCUCCUUCCCCAUCCCGGAGUUCAAGAUCGGCACGCUAGAUGCUCUUGUCCAGCAGGCGGACGAGCUGUCCAAGCUCGAGGCUUCCUGCCAGAGUGUCGUCGCCAAGGUCGGCGAUGCGUUGAAGAACAUCCUCGAGGACGAGGCGCAGAUUGAGCAGAUGAAGGUUGUCAAUGAUAAACCAGUCGAUCAGUACCUGCGUACUUUCCAAUGGAACAAAGUCAAGUACAGGGCCGAUAAGUCCUUGGCGGAGCUGAUUGAUCUGCUGCAGAAGGAAGCGUCCAGCAUCGACAACGACAUCCGAUUCAAGUACUCCCAAUAUAACCAGGUCAAGAACACGCUGUCCACACUGCAGCGGAAACAAAUAGGCAACCUCUCAACCAAGUCCCUCGCCUCAGUGGUCGACCCGAAAUCCAUCAUCCAGGACUCCGAAUACAUCGAAACCCACCUCGUCGCCGUGCCCGCCCAGCUAGUAAAAGACUUCCUCAAGACCUACGAGACCGUCGCGCCAAUGGUGGUCCCGCGGUCCGCGGAGCUGGUCGCUUCCGACAGCGAAUUCACGCUGUACGCUGUGACAGUGUUCAAGAAGCACAGCGUCGAGUUCGUGCAUAAGUGCCGUGAACAGAAGUGGAUCCCGCGCGACUUUAAAUAUGUCGAGGGUGGAAAGGAGGAGGAGCGCAAGGAGGUGGAGCGCGUUGGUGGUGAUGAGCGUAAGGUAUGGGGCGAGACGCUGCGACUCGGUCGCACGGCUUGGAGUGAGGCUGUUAUGGUCUGGAUUCAUAUCUUGGUUCUGAGGGUGUUUGUCGAGACGGUGCUGCGGUAUGGAUUGCCGUUGGAUUUCGUCUGCGCUUUGGUCCGGACACAAACUACCAAGCAAGCAGACCGCGCGAAGCAAAACCUCGAGAAUAAAUACUCGUAUCUGGCGGGCAAUGCCUUUGGGCGGGACAAGAAGGGCCGUAUGCAGCGAGAUGAUCCUGGCGAGAUGCACCCAGGUGGUGAGGGCAGCGCUGACUACACGCCGUAUGUGUUUUAUGAAUUCGAGUUCAACUAAGGUUGCCUAUUCGAGGCAUUGCAGGAGAUACAAAGCUUCGAGAAGACGUUGCGUACAUAUACCACUUUGGUACAUCUAGCACAAACUAGCAUUGGAUUUUUUUUUACAUCGUUUCA